AGGGUGGGGUUUGCUACUCAAGUCUUUAGCCUUUGCCUGCCUCUUCUCCCAAUAAGAGCAGGGUGAGCUGGAGCUAAGGAGCAGGGGUAUAUCUUAGGCGUGAAAUACCAAUAAGGCUAGAUACAGCCUCUUACCUGCCAGAUUCACACCAGCUGUCUAACCCUUCCUGCAGCCACAAUGGUUGAGGCAUUCUGUGCUACCUGGAAGCUUGUUGAUAGCCAGAACUUUGAUGAGUACAUGAAGGCUUUGGGAGUGGGUUUUGCCACUCGGCAGGUGGGAAACGUGACUAAACCCACAGUGAUAAUCAGCAGUGAGGGGGACAAAGUAGUGAUCAGGACCCAGAGCACUUUCAAGAACACAGAAAUCAGCUUCAAACUUGGAGAGGAGUUUGAUGAAACUACCCCAGAUGACAGAAAUUGCAAGUCAGUUGUGACCCUGGACGGAGACAAACUAGUUCAUGUGCAGAAAUGGGAUGGCAAAGAGACAAAAUUUGUUAGAGAAAUCAAGGAUGGAAAAAUGGUUAUGACUCUCACCUUUGGUGAUGUGGUUUCUGUUCGCCAGUAUGAGAAAGCAUAGAACCUAUCUGUUUCCUGUCCAGGUGUUCCAUCUGCUGGAUGGAUGAAAGUCCCAUCCGCAAAUGAAUGUAGGUGAAUGAACGUUGCUGGCAUGGAAGGUUAAUGAAGAGGUUGGAGUUUGUUUAUUUGUUUUGUUCUUUAACAAAAAAAACUUUAUAUCAUUGAAUUGGCAACAUUUUGUUCUGUAAAGUGCAACAGGUUGAAUUUUGCAUUAAAUCUCUGAAAUGCUUGUCUGUCUUUUUUUACAACAAAUGAAAUAUUUGAUGUGUUUUGGAAAACAAAUCAAACUGAAAUUAAAAUGUUUUUAAACUAGUA